CUUCUUAUUCUUUGUUAUUUUUGUGACGUUCGACUACGGGGGGAAAAGCGAUCGGUGAUCUGCGCCCCUAAUUUUGCAGAUCUUCUCGCCUUUUCCUCGUCCUCCUCCGUCGCAAGAAAAGUUUCAAGGGUUCAUCUUCUUCUCCUGUUCGUCUCGAAUCGAUCGAUUCGUUCUUCUUGGGCCUCGGCUACGGCCGGAGGGGGAUUCCGCGACCAUUCCCGCGAGAUCUGGUGCUCGUGAUCGUAUCUUGAGCUGGAAGAUUACGUGACAGCAAAUAAGCCCAUGAAUUUUCUCAACACUAUCUGUAUCUUAUCAUUAUAAUUUGGAGCUUAUUUAUGCUGGCAAUUAGAUUUGCGAUGGGUUUUCUACUCUCCGUCCUAUCGGAUGAUCGCUAAUCGCAGCUCCGUCAUCCAAUCGCGUGAAUUUAGGCUUGAUAGUUGGACAAGACAGAUGUCGUGGACUUUGUGCCUUCUUUCAAGGGAAUUAUGGUAUAGAAGACAAAGAGGAAGCUGGAAAAAGAAACUGUUGGGGAAUUCAAUAGUAUAUGGGCUGCCUGCAUUGUUCCUCCUCGUAACCCUCCCUAUAUCAUAUUGGCAGUAGCAUCAUGCACCUAUUGCCUUUUUUAUUGGAGAUAUUGCUACCAAGGCAUAUCAGAAUUUUUAUCGAAGUCACUGGCUUACAAGGCGUGAUUCAUAAUGUACAGCAGUCAUACAUUAAAAGGCUAGUUAUGGAAGAACAAUGUACGGCAGGUGUGGGUUUUUUUUCUUCUAUGGAAUGGAAUUGGAGUGCAGAACUUGAUUCAAUCAUUUCUACUGUAUAAAGAGUCUGCAUAUGCACUAUGGGAUUUGCCUACAGAUCGAGAAGACCUGAACGCCAAUGACUAAAACAAUGAUGUGCAAGAGUCGACCUUCAAAAAAGUCUUGAACUGAUUUAUCUCACUAUAGAAGAGCUCCUCAUCAUCAUUGAUCCAUGGGGGAGUGGAUUAUUGGAGCAUUUAUUAAUAUAAUUGGGAGUAUUACUAUAAACUUUGGGACUAACCUUCUAAAAUUGGGUCAUGAUCAGCGAGAGAAGCAUUAUAUGCCUAGCUGUGAUGGAACCAAUAUCAAAGUUAAUGUGAAAUCUAUUAUACAUUUCCAGACCUGGAGAAUUGGCAUUCUUUUGUUUGUUUUCGGGAACUGCCUCAACUUUGUUUCCUUUGCAUAUGCUGCACAGUCACUUCUUGCAGCAUUGGGAUCAAUUCAGUUCAUAUCUAAUAUUGCAUUUGCUUACUUUGUGCUCAGUAAGACAGUGUCAGUCAAGGUCAUGGUAGCAACAACUUUUAUUGUUUUUGGCAACAUUUUCUUAGUGUCUUUUGGAAACCACCAGUCACCUGUAUAUACACCAGAGGAGUUGAUUGCAAAAUACAGCAGCAUGGUUUUUCUUCUCUAUUGCUUGACUUUGUUAUUGAUAGUUGGUGUCAACCAGUACUUUUACAGGACAGGAGAAGCAUAUCUUUCAGUUUCUGAUCCAGAGAGUUCCUAUUGGCGGACUUUGCUUCCAUUUUCUUAUGCCACUGUUUCUGGUGCUGUGGGUUCUUGCUCAGUGUUAUUUGCAAAAUCCUUGUCUAAUAUGCUAAGACUGACCAUGAGCAGCAACUAUCAGUUCCAUAGCUGGUUUACAUAUUGUAUGCUGUUGUUGUUCUUUAGCACGGCAGGAUUUUGGGUAAUGAUGUCAACAAAGCCCCAAGUAAACUGUACCUUGAGACUUCCUUACUCUGAGAUGUCUGAUAUAGCUUUUCUUAAAUUCCAGAUGGCAAGACUGAAUGAAGGGUUGUCUCUUUUCGAUGCAAUCCUCAUUGUUCCCAUGUUUCAGAUUGCAUGGACCUUCUUCUCUAUCUUUACAGGAUUUGUUUAUUUUCAAGAAUAUCAAGUAUUUAACACAUUAAGAAUAACUAUGUUUGUAGUGGGGAUGACAUUUGUAUUUAUUGGCAUUUCUUUAUUAGCACCUGAUGAUUCUAAAGGAAGUGAAACAAAGGAUUCUUCUUUGCCUUCUUCAGCUCAAGACCUUCCAACUGAUAUGAACAGGGGCUCCAUGCUACUACCAUUAGAAGAUCCUGAAAUAAGUGAUGUGAGGUCACUUGCACAAGCAGUGCUUACUAAAGUGAAGUUUAUUCUGUUGAAGGCAAAGGCAGCUGGUUCUCUCUCACUCGGUCUUGGUGAUGAGUCAAUUAGCGCUUCUUCGGUACUUGUAAUGCCUAUGGUGUCUUCAAGAACAACAGGUUUCAGAGGAACUAAUUAUGAUCGAGCAAAGUUCAUUCCUCUUAGAAACACAGAAUGGGGUAAACCUUCAAUAGAUGAUAACGAUCCAGAAACGAGGGACACGAGGACUUUGCUGCCUUAAUUUUGCCGGUGUGGGGGGACCGGUGGAAGCGAAUCUUGUUGUUCCUUCAAAUGUUUCUUUUAUUAUCUCCUUGUAACAUGAAUGUAUAGAUAUAUUAAUCUUCCCCCUUUUAACUGUCUAGUGUGUAACGAGAAUGAUCUGUGGUUGGAUACUGUUUCAAAAUGUGUUGUGCCCAAUUUGGCAAUCGGAUUCAUAUGCUAAUUUAACAGAA